UAGAUGGCGCUUAUAUUCUAUUUUUUUGUCCUAAUCCUUCCGGCGGACAAUUUGAAGCUCAUUAUUUUGUCGAGGAAAUUGCGGGAGAUUUUAGUUAAUUUGAUAGGAAUUUUUCUUGAUCAGCGAUGUGGCUGAUCUGAUCGCUGGUCUAUGCCUUUUGAAAUUUGAGAGCUGAGCAAGACAAUCUACACAAUGACGACUGCGCCAGAGAGAAAGUACACAGCGCUACGUAAGAGGCUUGAUCAACUUGGGUACCGACAGGCUCUGGGUAUAGAGUCUGUGCCGCUUGUUGAGAAACUAUUCAGUGAUCUCAUUCAUACCACAGAAAGUCUGAAGAAUGCCAAAUUACAGGCAAAUAAGACCGUAAGAGAAAAGGGCAACUGGGAGGACCAGCUUGAACCCUAUCGCAGUGAGAACACAAAGCUAAUCAGGGAAAAUAACGAGCUUCACACACAGCAUAUCCGUCUCAAAGAUGAGCUUGACGCUACAUCCAAAGACCUCAAGAGUACGAUAAGGAAGCUUGAGCAUGAGAAUGCGGACCUGCGCUUCCUGAACUCGCAAUACGUCCACAAAGUCCGAGCCCUGGAGAAGGAAUGCAAGUCCAGGAAUGAUCGUAUCAGUGACCUCCAGGAAAAGAACUUUCACGCCGUAGUCCAAACUCCAGGUGGACGCAAGAAGAACAUUCCAUUCAGACGUCAGCGUAUGGAUAUUGAUUGCUCUGUCCCUCCGCCCGAGUUUUACUCCACCACCCCUCCACCUGGAGUGGACGACCCCUAUGUUGCGGACUUAAUUCACGUUGCCGAUGAGAAACUUGAUAAUAUGCAGAGGGAAGUGGAUGAUGUGAGGGACCAACAUGAAGCAGACCAGAGGGCCAUCAAGAGCCUUCGGAAACAGGUUGACAACAGGGAUCAAGAGAUAUCCCGGCUGAGUCGUCAGCUAGAGGGCGGUAGACCUCUUGAUGUGAUGUCGACGGAAGCCAAGUACCGCAGCAAUGAAAGGCUCGUUUCUCAUCUCAAUAUCCAGAUCGAGUACCUUCAGCAAGCAAACCGUGAGCUCGACCGCGAGUUAAAAGACACACGCCUGGCACGUGAGUCGGCCAUCGAGGAGAACAUCGUGCUCACGGGUCGCAAUGACGAGCUUGCGGGAGAGCUCCGUGAUGUGGACAGGCUCGCCAAACGGCUGCAGGCGGAUAAGAACAGUGUCGUGACCCUUGCGGAUAAGGAUCUGUUUGAGGCUAAGGCGGAGAUCCGAGGAUCAACGCGGGAGAUCAAAGACCUAGAGGUGGAAGUAGAGCAACUGAGACAGGAGAGGAAAAAUCUUCUGGAUGAUAUUGAUUCACUGAGGACAGACGGUGCUGUCAAACACCAGGACCUCAAGAGGCUUCAGAAUCUGACGGACAAGAUCCAGGAAGACAAGAGGAAACUUAGCCAUCAGGUCAACAAACUCACCUCAAAUGAGCGGGAGUUGGUUCUCGAGCUGGAGAGGAUGCGCAAGAAGGUCGGAGGAGGAGGGGGCAAAUCCAAGAAGGGCGGCGCCCCUUCCUCCAAGGUGGAGAACUACAUGAAGGCCCUGGAGGAGGAGAGAGACUACUACAAGGGGGAGGUGGAGGUGCUAAACAGGAUCAUACGGAACAAAGGGUUACCCUCCCCCACCCUGUCGUCGAGCAGGGGGAGGAGCCCCAAGAGAAGCGGGAGCCCAGGGAAGGGGAGCAGGACCGGAAGCCCAAGCAGAUCAUUGGCAGCUCAGGAUGCAAAGAAUAAGAGUGUCACCCACUAUGAGGCUAUCAUCAGGGUGCUGGAAGAUGAGAAGAGCUUUUACAAGAGGGAAUACGAAACCCUCAAGGUGCUACGAGUAGCUCAGCAGGCCAGCCCUGCCAAGAAAGAUGUCACCUCUUCGUUUAGAGACUUGAGUAUAGCUGAUGAAGCCGAGAUGGUCAAUCUGAAGAGAGAAAGGAACGAGCUUCAAUCGCUUGUAGACAAGUUUGAGAGACACAUGUCUGAGAUUCAAACCAAUGUCAAGGUCCUGACUUCAGAGAGAGAUAAAGUGAACUUGUUAUAUCAACAGGCUAACGAUGAGCUGCAAAGAUUGAGGCAAGAAGUUCUCAAAACCCCGCAGUCCUCCCGAGCAUCCCUAGCGGCCCAGUCCAUCCUGAGGAGGGUGGAGAAUGAGAGGGACGAUGCCGUAGCUGAUUUACGUCGCAUAACAACAGAGAGAGAUAGCCUGAGAGAAAGACUGAAGAUAUCAACAGAUACUAACCUGAGUGACAAGGCAAGGCUAGAGCAGAGGGUGGAGGAUCUAGAACACCUCUUGUUAGGGGCGGAGCAGGAGCGGAACAGCAGUCAGUCCAGGGUGUCGUCCAUGCAGGCUAUGAUUGUCACUCUAGAGGAGCAAGUCCGCAUCCAGGUGUUCAAGAUAGAGGAGGCCAAGGAAGAUGCAUCAGCAAGCAAGGCUCAAGCUUCCAAGCUCAGAUUGAUCACAGAUCAAACAGAGCAUUCUGUAGAGGAAUACCAGCGGAGGCUUCACAUCAAUUCAAACAAUUUACAGAGUGCGGAGGAGAGGAUUGUGAGACUAGAGGAGCGAAUAACUGACAUGAAUGCCAACAACGCUCUCCUGCGGGAGGAAAUCAACGAGCUUCGAGGGACAGUAUCCGCCAUCGACAGGGAGAAGGAUGGCAUACAGAUGGCAGUGGACGAGAAGACAGAGAGGACCUUGGACCUUGAGAGGGAACUCAUGGACCGAGGUCGGACCAUCGCUGACCUCAGGGCAACGGUCAGUGACCUUGAGGCAAGAUUAGAACAAGCAAUUAACGAUCUCGGCAGCAAAGAUCGUGAGAUCCGUAGCCUGCGGCGUCAGCUGGACUCGACGAGAGACGAGCUGACCGAUGCCUCCAGAGGGCGGGAUGUCACCAUACGGGAGAAUCGCAGACUGCAGGAAGAUCUGGCAACCAUGACCAGAGAAAACCAGACUGUAAACCAGGAGUUAGAAAGUAUAUUGGAAGAGAAGGUAACACUCAAGACUCAAGUUCAGGACUACAUCGCGGAAGUAGCUCGUAUUGAAGACAUGCUUGCAGGAAAGGAUCGAGAGAACCGGGGUCUACUUGACAACUAUCGAACUGCAUCCGCCGAGGCACAGCGCUGGGAGACGGAGGCUACCGAGAGGACCAGCGAGAGUUCCAACAUGAGGCUUGAACUGAUGGCCAAGGAGACGGAGAUGAAGAGACUACGAGAGAGGAUGGAUGAGACGGAGAGAGAUGUCCACGAGCACCUGUCCACCCAGCAGACAUACGAGAUGCAGAUCUCCAACCUGACCCGCUCCCUCUCCAACAUGGAGGGCAACGUGCGCCAGCUCCAGGAUGAGAAGGACUCCGUGGUGCAGGACCUUGCCGCCGUCAGGGAGCUGUGUGUCAAGCUAGACUCCACCAAGGAGUCACUCUCCAGGCAGCUGACCACCAAGAAUAUCGACUAUGAACAGGCCGAAGCGCGAACCGAAGACCUGAAGAGAGAAGUGGAGAUGCUGAGAAGCCAGGUGGGCACCGAGCGGACGACGGUCAGGAACCUGGAGAUGCUGAUUGCGGGCAACAGGGAGAAAGAGUUCCAGGUGCAACUGGACAAUCAGGAACAGAGGUCCGAGCUCCAGCUGAUCAAAGACCGCUUAGCUCUAGCAGAUAGCAAGAUACAAACUCAAUCUCGAGAGAUCCAGACGCUAAGAUCAAGGUCAUCCCAACAAGAGUCUGAACUAGAGAGGGCCCGCAGACAGUUGACCAGUGAAAGAUUUGAAAAAGAGCGGCUCGGGCAGGAGAUUCGUCGCAGCACAUCCCACUCCAUGUCUACCUCCAACGCCAGCGCGGCCAACGUGAGCUUCGAGAACCAGAGAUCAUCCACCCUCAGGACCACCACCCUAAGCUCCUCCACCUCCAGACGCACCUCCAGCAGCCCCCAGCAGCACGGCGGGGGGCGCUCCACCACCCCCAUCAGCCAGAUCAUCUCCCCCGAGCGCUCCCAGAGGAAGUCGCCGGAAAGGUCCAUCCUGAAGGGUUCGUCGUAUCGGUCCCGGUCACCAGAGAGAAGAUGACAGAAGAUGACAGAAUGAAGAGGCUUCUUCCGGAUAUGGAGGAUAUGCCAGAUGAUCAUCACCUUCGCUGCUUUAGAGGUUGGGCCACUUUUUACCAGUACACCAUCUUGCCAUACAUACCUUGAUGCCGUUCAAAUUUCAAAUCGUUUCCAUUCCGUAUCAGGUUGAAUUUCAGGUGCUCUUGGCACAAUUCUUAUUAUUUUAAUAUUUGGUAAAUGUAAAUUCUAUUAAUUUAUUGAUUAUUAAAGGAGCUAUUGUUGUGGUUUAUUGUUUUGACUAUCGGUUCCAGGAUGCCAAUUAAGAAUUGAAUUUAAACGUUUUGGUAUGACUUCAAUGAGGUGAAGGUCCAGUGUAUUUGUAUUUCUUUAUAGUUCAUGGAUGAAAAGUUA